ACCUUAUAUAAUCCUCCACAAGAACGAGUAGCAAAUAUCACUAAAUGGCAACUAAAACUUCACUUUCAGCUGUUUUCCUUUUCUCCUUCAUUGCCAUCCUCUUUGCCAUUCCCAUUCAAGCCCAAGUCCCUACAAACCAAACCUUCAAAUUCAUCAACCAAGGCGAAUUAGGAGGUGGAAUCGUAGAAUACCAUGCUACCUACCGCGUGAUCCAAACAAAUUCCCACACCUUCUACACACAUCCUUUCGGGUUAUGCUUCUACAACACCACCCCAGAUUCUUACAUACUCGCUAUCAGAGCCGGUGUUCCCAAGGAUGAAGUGCGGUGGGUCUGGGAUGCAAACCGGAACCACCCGGUUCGCGAGAAAGCCACUCUCUCUUUGGGUAGAGAGGGAAACUUAGUCCUCGGAGAAGCAGAUGGGACUGUUGUUUGGCAAACCAACACAGCCAACAAAGGUGUCACAGGCAUCAAGUUACUUGGAAACGGUAACUUGGUUCUCCAUGACAAGAAUGGAAGAUUCAUAUGGCAAAGCUUUGAUUACCCUACUGAUACUCUUCUACUGGGGCAAUCAGUCACAACUAAUGGCCGUAACAAGCUUGUUAGUCGCAAAUCUGAUACCGAUGGCUCUGAUGGGCCAUACAGUAUUGUUCUGGACCACACUGGGUUCACUAUGUACUUGAACGAUACUGGCCAGCGUCUUAUCUAUGGCGGGUGGACAGGAACCGACUACGGAAGCACUGUAACCUUUGAUUUUGACAUUAUGGAUGGGUUCGAUGAUGGCAUUGCUUAUGAGCUUGUGCUCAAUGUAAACCAGGACAUUAACGCUCCACCACCACCACCACCACAAAGCCAUAGGCACCUCCUACAAGUUCGUCCCAUUGGCAACGCACACCAAAUCAACCUUAACAAGCUCAACUACAAUGCUACAUACACAUUUCUAAGACUCGGGUCUGAUGGCAAUCUCAAGGCCUAUACUUACUAUGACAAAGUGAGAAACAUGAAAUGGGAAGAGAGCUUUGCAUUCUUUUCGAGCUAUUUCAUUAGAGAAUGUGCAUUGCCAUCUAAGUGUGGUUCGUAUGGGUACUGUAGUAGGGGCAUGUGUGUUGGGUGCCCCAGCCCGAAAGGGCUUCUGGGUUGGAGCAAGGGCUGUGCAGCACCAAAGUUGGGACAGUGUAAGAGUGGGGCAAAAGCGAGCUACUACAAGGUUGCGGAUGUUGAGCACUUUCUGAGUCCUUAUUUGGAUGGGGGAGAUGGUCCAAUGAAGGUCGGAGAGUGCAGGGCCAAGUGUGAUAAGGACUGUAAGUGCUUAGGGUUCUUUUACAGGGAAGAUACCUCUAAGUGUGUGUUGGCACCAUUGCUUGGGACUCUUAUAAAGGACGUGAAUACUUCGGUCGGUUACAUCAAAUAUUCGAAGUAGAUAUUCGAUCAUCUUAGUGUGUGGUUCCUUCUGUUAUUGUACUUAGUAUGUUGCUUUAUGUAAUGGCUGGCAGAAUAGUCCCUUCAUAAAUGGCGCAUAACUACAUCAGCCCUUAAUUUGGCAGAUUAGUUGCAAUGAAUAACUAAUUACCUGA